AGCGACGGAGAAGCUCGGGCGGCGAGCAGGCGGAGGAGGGGGGGGUCUCCGGGCCGGGACGGCCGGGCCCCAUGGGCGGGUGUGUGGGCUCUCACCACGACUCUUCGGGCAGCCUCAAUGAGAACUCGGACGGCACCGGAGUUGCCCUGGGGCGUAAUCAGCUCCUGAAAAAGGAGAAACCAAAAUGGAAAAGCGAUUACCCCAUGACAGAUGGACAGCUACGUAGCAAGAGAGACGAAUUUUGGGACACAGCACCUGCUUUUGAAGGCCGCAAAGAAAUCUGGGAUGCUUUGAAGGCUGCAUCACAUGCAUUUGAGAACAAUGAUCAUGAACUGGCACAAGCAAUCAUUGAUGGUGCAAAUAUAACUUUACCACAUGGUGCUCUUACAGAGUGCUACGAUGAACUGGGAAACAGAUACCAGCUUCCUGUCUACUGCCUUGCUCCACCUAUCAACAUGAUAGAAGAGAAGGGUGAUCUAGAGACUCUGGAUUUUCCGGAUCCGCCGCCUAACUCGGGUCAUGAAUGCCAGCUUCGUUUACGCCUCUCAACAGGCAAAGACCUCAAACUUGUGGUCCGCAGUAUGGACACUGUGUAUCACAUGAAGAGACGACUACACACAGUGGAAGGGGUAGAACCUAGAAGUCAGCGAUGGUUUUUUUCAGGCCGGCCACUCGCAGACAAAAUGAAACUGGAGGAACUGAAAAUACCAAGGGAUUAUGUGGUGCAAGUAAUUGUGAGCCAGCCCUUAACAAAUCCUGUCUUGGUGGAGAACUGAUUUUUGCCUGUAUGCCUCUUCUUCCCUUUCCCUGCUCUUUUAUCAUGUGGGAACUUUUUUACUUUCCAUCCUCUCCUACAAAUGGUUUGGUUCCAAGCAAUGACCAGCAAACCCUCCAUCUGUGAUGGAAUUUAGGUAAAAACACACAUAAUCAAAUAUAUGCACACACAAAUCUAUGUAUAAACAUACAGUCCCUGUUUCUAAACUAUACUUGGGGGUUUUGUUCAAUUUAGUAUUUCUUGACACCACUCUUAGCAAAGUAAAUGGAAAAAUGUUUGUGAUAGAGUGAGCCUGAAAGUCAAGGUAGAUAAAGCUGAAACUGAGGUUUGAAUUGUAAGUGAUGUAUUGAUCCAUGAAGGUGAAAAGCACUUUUUUAAAGGAUUAAACCAAAUUGAACUGCUUCAUGAAAUCAGUGUCACUUAUAGUUCAGCUGAUCAUUGUAGCUUCCCUGGUUAAUCUAGCAUGCUGUGAUAUUUGUAGGGGUUGUUUCUAUUAGGGUUUUAUUUACUGGCUCAGUAAGACUCCUGCUUAAUAAUGAGUAGCAAAGAACUAGAGGUACACUCCAAUAAUGGUAUGUUCUCAAAUUCAGGUUUUACUAAACGUUUUGGUACAUUCCGAUUUAGCAACAAAUAGCUAUUUGCUAGGGCUGACUUCAGGGUGUAUAAAUCCUGCCUUCUGAAAAAUUGGGCAAUAAUUUAUUAAAUACAUAAAUUUCUUGUCUACUGUAAGCUGUCCACUAUAAGGAAACUUGACGUACAAAUCCCUGUCACCAAUAAAAGGGCCUACUAAAUGUGCACUGUUGUGAUUGGUGAAAAAUCAAACAUUCAAAGUACACCAGCUUGAGAAUAAUAAAGGCACAGGACAUCUUUUAUUUAAUAUGUUCACCUCUGAUGUUUAAAAUAAUAGUUUUGAACCUUCUUUACCCUCAAAAUAGCAAUGAACUAAUUAGGAAAAAGCACAAGCUGGUUUCAUACACUUUUCUAAUAAGAGUUCGGCUUGCUUGAUAGCAUUUUUACCCACUGAUAUUUGUAUUUUCUUGCAUAAUCAAGACUGAGGUUUUUAUUCCUACUCAAAUUAAAUAAACAUAUGUAUGUACACACACACACACACGCAUACACUGCCAUUGUACACAGAAUGAGAGAAGGUGAUGAGAAAGGAUUGAAAAAAAAAAGCCUCACUAGCAGGUGAAAAUAUUAUAGACUGUAUAACACUAGAUCUUUCAAAUAUUCCAUUAGACCCAUAAGUACAUUUUGGGGGAUUCUGCAUUGCAUGUAUAUUUAUGUUUUCCCUGAAUCCAUAAAUAAGUUGUAGAGAUGGAAGCUUGCAUUAAGACUGGAUUCAUUUAGUUUGUAAAAGCAGCAUAUAUACCCCAUAAACUUUUAAAUAAGAGAGCAUCUUCCAUAUGCUCUUCUCUUUCACGACACCUGUUCAUACUUAUGCAUUUAACAGUGUAUAAACAGUGCCUGUGGCAAAUAGAUUAUAACUUUCUAUAGUCGAUAGAUUUUAAAUGACGUCAUUUAUCUAGAGGUCAAUGUGAAUCUUAGCAAUAUCGUACAGGAUUUUCCCUUUAGAAUUUGAAGGUAAGACAUUCUUUAGAGGCGUUAGGUACAGUAUAUAUCCUUUUAAGAGUGCUUUGAGCAAAAUUAGUAAUGAUUCUCUCUAGAAUAAUAAAAUACAUUUGGAAAAUGGCACUGGCCAGGUGUAUCAGAACAGUUAGCAUACUCGUCAAAUACGUUAUUUUAAAAUGGGGCAUGACAUGCUCCUUGAUUCUGACAUGUUCCUGUGUUUGGUAGUAAUGUCAUCAUCUCUGACACCACUUUUGCUGGCUAAAUACCAAAUCUGAUUUAUCUUUAUGCACAUGGACCCUACAGCUACAAAACUUCUAGUUUUGAUUAAAUUGAUUUUUUAAAAAAAGAUACAAUAUGAACUAUCCCGUUUUUUUUAAAUUUGGAAAUAAGUUUUUAUAUUUACAUGAAUGCAUCAGAACUAUAGAACUUUUCUGGCCAUUGUCUAUUACUGUCUGAUAUUUCUAUGUAGAUUAGGGUCAGUUAAUAAUUAAAAUGUUUUCAUAGAAAUAUUCAGUAAACAGUAACGGUUUUCAAAAUGUUGAUUAAGUUUCCCAUUUCCUGAAACUAAUAUUAAGAGCUCAACAAUCAUUGAAUGAAUUCAAAAUUCUGCAUAUCACUAGGGAUUCUUUUUAAUAUUGGGAUUAAAUGAAGUAAGGUCUGGAUGUGCUUUAAGUGCAAUCUAAAUAUCUACAAUGUUAGAAUUUUCAUUUAUUUGGGCAGUGCUUGGAUAAGAUAUAUGCACUACAUAUUGUGCAAGUUACGGGAUUACACAUCAGCAAAACUAUGACAAAAUUUAUUAUUUAGCACUUUUUUUCCCCAGGACUAUUUAGAAAAGGGAGAAAAAAUGCAGCUAUUAAGGAAAAAGUGAAAGCAUAUAUAGUCUGAUGAUUUUUGUAACUAUUUCCCUUUUUUAUGUAUUCACCCAGUUCAUUAAAUUAAGUUUGAUUGUCCCCCAGUGAAUUAUAUUUACAGUAGUGCUGCCUCAAAUAUGGAGAUAGGGAUGGUGAAAUCAGCACAAACAAAGUGAGCAUCAGCUCCUUCCUAUCAUUGGCAAUCACUCAAAUCUGUACGAAAAAUAUGAUAGGCAAAUCUAUCCAGUAUGAGCAUUGUCAAUUAAUAAGUAAAUCAAAAGAGCAAGGAACAGCCACUGCUUCCUUUUCUUUUUCUCUUCAUUGAGACUAGAGACUUGUCCUGUUGUUCAGAGAAGGAAGUUGAUGCUUUUCAGUGUUGAUGCAUCAGGAUUCAAUCGUGGAUCCUCAACAGCUGCCCAAGAAUGCUAGCCAACAUGAUUAUAGGCUUUUUAGAAUUACUGUAAUAAUUUUGUAAAAAAAAAAUAACAUUUGGAAUAUAGCUGGCUGUAAAGUGUUCAUCAGUAACCAUAUUGCUCUGAAGUAACAAUUCCAGAAUACAUUAGAAUAGUUUCUGUAUUUCUCACAGCCCCUAGUGGGCUUUCAUGAACAGAAUGCAUAUUGGGACAAUUUUUUAAUUGUUUCUCAGAACAAAGGAAGAGUCUGGUGAGUGUAUUAUUUCUUUCUUUUUCUGCUCCAGAGAAGUUAGUUUAAAGAUUAUAGUUUAUAAUAUAUCAUUACCACCCUCAUCCGACUUUUAGUAAAUAAUAAGCUUACUAUAGGUUUUUAAUUUUGUUAAUCUGCAAGACAGAACAAUUUCAUUUGUUGCUUUAACAGAGGUUCAAGCAAGUACUGUAUUAAACUGCAUUUGUGUGUACUCCGGAUUCUGAUUCACUGCCAGCUCAGUGUCUAUGAAAUGUGCCUCCCUCUCCACUCCUAUGUAAGAAAGUAUAUAUUAUAACACUAUAAUAUUUGGCCGAAUUAUCAAAAGCAAACAACCAUUUUCCUAAUAGCCACAUCAAAUUCCCACAUUUCUAAUUAACAUUUUUUGCUGUUGAAUUAGAGUACAAAUAUAUCCAAUAAUAAGUCUGUUUGUCCCCUUGUCUGGCAAAGGUGUCAGUACUAUAUGCUUCAGAAUUAAUGGAUAGUCUACAAUUUGUUUUUCCUGGAAUAGUUUGAAAGACAAAAGGGCUUGUACUGCAAUGUGUACAAAAACAUAGCAACAAGUUAAUAUAAGACAGACAACAUUCACUGUGCUUCAUUUAUGCUGCAGAAAAGGUUGUCAAGAAGAUUAAGGAAAUAGUCAUAUAAAAUGAUUAUAAUUCAUCUGUAAAGAAAUGUUCAAGAAAUAAUUUGAUAAGAAAAAUAGAGUAAUAUACUGUUUUAAAAGUAAAUUGAUGGGUAAAUCCCUCAGUUUUAUUAAUAGUAUGGUUUCACAAUUCAUUCCACAUAAAUCAUUAGGAUUUAUACCAGCGGUUCUCAACCUAUGGGUCGCGACCCCAUUUGGGGUCGAUUGACCAUUUCUCGGGGGUCGCCAAACAAGGCAAUCCGCCAUUUUUCCCCCUCGGGGGGGCGCUGCCGCACAUGGGGGCGCCGCCGCACAUGGGGUGGCGCUGCGCCGCACCUGGGGGCACCGCCGCGCAUGCGCGGCACGUUUGUGUGACGGGGGUCGCUGUCACACAAACGUUGAGAAGCACUGAUUUAUACUUAGAUGGUAAAAGCAAUAUAUUUAGUUGGGAGAUUAUGUUUGUUUGAUAACAUAUGAUAUAAACAACUGACAAGGUGCAGAAAAGUUCUUACAUAAGUACUUUCAUUCCUUAAACGUUCAAACCCAAAGAUAAGAUUAAUGUAACAGAUGUGAACAAGUACACAUGUAGGUACAAUGAAAGCAUUGGCAUACUAGUGCUGAGAUUUUUCUUGUUUCAUUUUGAAUGUUAUAAUCAUGUGCAUCACUUGAAAUUCUUUGGGUUCUAACACAAAAAGUCAUAUUUAUUUCAUUUUUAUAUGAUCAUGCAUUCUUGUGCAUUUAUAGGUAGUGUUUCUUUAUGAUUAUAUGGCGCUUUCCUUGAAGUGCAGUUUCUUCAUCAAUCUAGCAAUGUACUUCACUUGCAAAUGCCUCCCAAGUGUGCUUUUAAAAAUCCAUUUCAAUCAAACAAAAUGUAAAUAGCAGAAAGAAAUGCUGUGCAUGGGAGAUACAGGAAUGAACCAUUCUACAUUUUCAACAUUUUACUCAAAGCAACAGAAUAUUAAACUAAUGCUAGCAAUUUCUUUUGGUUGGCAUCCAUGUUCCCAAGUUUAGUUGGCUGGUUUUUAAAAUAAUGAUGUAGUCAUGAAGUAUUCUUUCUUUAAUUCAGCUCUUUUGUUUCCUUCCAUCUCUUCCAUCUCAUUUUGAGAGUGGAAUGUUUGAAGGCAUAUCAGUAAAUGUAUAGAACUAAAAAGUAUAAAAGUGGAGGAGGGGUUUCCUUUGAGUUUGCUCCAUAAUUAAGUUUGAACAACAGUGAUGGGUUUCAUGGAUUGGCAAUCCAUGAAAAAUUAUGUUCAUGCCUUCUGAUUAAGGUCACAGGUUAAAUAUUUCUGGAAAUAGUGCAGAUGGUUUGCAAACUAGAACUAUGUUGUCAAACACAAAAUCCAAAUAUUAUUUUUAUGGAGAAUAGUAAAAAUGCAUCUUUUUGAUCCCUUUUUCUUUCCUGGUAGUUAAAUCAAGCCAAAGAUGGAAGUCAACUUAAAUGAGUUUUUGUUUUUUUGAUUUGAACUCACAGAUACACAAACCAUUUUGGGGGCUUUAACUGAAAUAAUGAAAUUGCCUUCUAUCAAGGGCCUUUGUUGUGCCUCUCUUCUCCAUAUCCUGGGAAUGUCAAGAAACUGGAGACAGCCUUUCGAGCUGUUUUGCAUUAGGCAGCUGGCAGUUUAUAAUGACACUCUUUUCUGAUGUGCUGAGCAAAGGACUCAAGUUUAAUGUCCUAUUUGCCUCAUGGUAGUGGCUUCCAAAGAUGGCUGGUACCAUCAAUUUGUAUUUCUUGAAUAAAAUAUCUUCUCUUUUCUGGUAAAUCCUUUUUUGUACACUGUUGUGUGCCAUGUAUCUAAAAAGCACUCAUGUUCUACAAAUGGUUAGUAAUUCAGUACCAGUACACAAUUUCAGUGGCUAAAAAGAAAGAGGAAUUACAGUGAUGUGACACCUUUUCUUCCUGUAACUUUUAUAAAAUUAAAAAAAAAUUAACUUUAUGCAUGGAUUGUAUGGACCUUUUUAAGAGGUUUUUUUUAAUUAGCCCAAGAAUAAAUUCUUGCUUUCUCUGAAAAGCAAGAGAUCUCUGAGCACAAAUAGUUCUGUUUGAACAGUGAAACUAUAAAUAAAACUUUUUGAUUUCAAAAAGG